CGUCAAAAACCAGGCGACGCGAUCGGCAAUUGGCGUCGCUGACCAGGGAUAUGCAAAUGUAUGCUAGUGUAUCAACCUAUCUAUUCUACAACCGUGAGCGAGACAGUUAUGAUGGCUUCAUCUUAUAGACUUUUUUACGUUUGAACAAAAUUUCUACACAAAAUAUACAAAUAGCUCAGUCGUGUUGGUAGUGGUGGUAGUGCUGUCAGUUGUUUCAAUUUUUGAGGUUAUGUGCAUAGCGAAAAUGUAAGGUUAUUAACUUAUUAGUCCGAGUAUGACAUUGAAUAUAAGUUUCCAAAUCGUGAAUUGCCGACAAUCAGUGCAAAUUUGAACAAUACUUAAAGGAAAUUAAGACAACCAAAAUGUCAGCAGUGAAAAAUUCAGAAGCAUUCCCAGCGGAGAGAUUUUCAUGGAAAAACGUUCACAACUGUAAACUAUGCCCAUAUUUCACAACUUCGUAUUACUGUUUGGUGAACCACGCGAAACUGCACCGUAUCCCCGUGGAAAAAUUUACAUGUGGAAAAGCCAGAAUUGAAGUUUUUAACUGUAAAGACUGUGAUUUUCAAACUGAACUAACACUCUGGUUGAAGCAACACGUUGAUAAAUACCAUGGUCGUCAGAGAGAGUUUAGAAACAAUUUAUCGAAUGAGGAGUUCUACAUACAAAACUACGUUUGUGAAAAGUGCUAUUUCGAAACAAAUUUUUCAUUAAAAUGGCUUCAGCAUACUUUAGCAUGCACGGGAAAUAAAAAAAAUCGUGAAAGUGAGAGUGCUCUGAACCAGUAUGCCACACACAGUUAUGAUUUCAAGCAGACUGAAGAGAUACGUUGGUUUCACUGUACAGAAUGUUCCUACAAAACUAAACUCAAUAUUUAUUUAAAACGUCACGUAGAAAAUAAACAUUUGAACAAGCGUUAUGGAUGUGAUAAGUGUCCAUUUAAAUGUAGAUUUGAAACAUCUUUAAGAAAGCACACAAAAAUGGUUCAUUUAGAUGAACACCUUGGUGAAUGGCACAAAUGCGAAAAAUGUCCCUUCAAAACCAGAGCAAAGUGUACUUUAAAAAGCCACAUAAAUAGCUUACACUUGAACGAAGAAGAGGUCAAAUGGUAUGAAUGCAAUAAGUGUCCUUUCAAAACUAAGCAUAAAUCAUCUUUGAGGAUGCACACAAUUGCAAAACAUCUAGACAAAGAGGAAAUUAAAUGGUAUAAAUGCAAAGAUUGUUUAUACAAAGCAAAGAAGAACACACAUUUAAAGCGACACAUAAUUAGAAAACAUCUGCCUGAAGAAGAAGUAACCUGGUUUAAAUGUGACUAUUGUCCAUUCAAAACUAAUCUCGCGGCGAGUUUAAAAAGCCAUAUAAAUUGUCGUCAUCUGGAUGAAGAUAAUGUUACGUGGUACGAAUGCGUGAAGUGUCCAUUCAGAACUAAAAACGUUUCAAGUUUAAGAAAUCACAUGAAUUAUCAACAUGUAAAUAAAGAAAAAGGUAGGUGGUACGAAUGUGAAAAGUGUCCGUUUAGAACUACAUUUAAUUCAUAUUUAAAGAAGCACGUAAGUAUUAAACAUUCAGAAAAACCACAAUGAAGGUAUGAAUUCUUUCUAUAAAAGCAAAAGAAAAGAUAAUUUAAAACGUUGUAUAUACAUAAAUAUUCACAUAUAAAGCGAAACGUAGUUGUGAUGUUAAAUGCUAAAGUAAAAAUUGAUGAUUUUUUUAAAACCACAAAAAAUCAUAUGUAAGAUUUAAGCUACUUUUAAGUUGUAUGUGGUAGUAUCAAGUCGAAUUUAUAUAACUAUAAUUACGGUUUUGGUUUAGUGCUGGUCUUAAGAUAUUUAUGUCAGCAUUUUUAUAAC